GAGAGAGAUGGACGUUGCUGUUGUAGAUAAGAAGAAAAUUCAACAGGCUCGAUUUGACCGUACCGGUGCGUCAAGACAUAACUUUGUGUAUCGGGAUGUCAUGUUUCAAUGCACUGAUGAUGACGACGUCCGCUGUGAGAACCAAUUCGGAGGAGACUGCAUCCCUGGCUUCUGGCGAUGUGAUGGUUGGGCUGAUUGCAAGAAUGCCGAAGAUGAACAGGACUGUGCUUCGUAUUCCUGGUAUACCGGCAUCUCAUCUUUCGACCCUGACUGUGGUGAAAACGAUAUAUACUGUGAAAACAAAUGGCAUACUGAAUGUGUUCCGUAUCGCUGGCGAUGUGAUGGUUUCAUUGAUUGCAUUGACAAACAGGACGAAGAAAACUGCGAAGACAAGAGAGAGAUGGACGUUGGCGUAGUAGAUAAGAAGAAAAUGCAGCAGGCUCGCUUUGACCGUACCGGUGCGUCAAGACAUAACUUUGUGUAUCGGGAUGUCAUGUUUCAAUGCACUGAUGAUGACGACGUCCGCUGUGAGAACCAAUUCGGAGGAGACUGUAUUCCUGGCUUCUGGCGAUGUGAUGGUUGGGCUGAUUGCAAGAAUGCCGAAGAUGAACAGGACUGUGCUUCGUAUUCCUGGUAUACCGGCAUCUCAUCUUUCGACCCUGACUGUGGUGAAAACGAUAUAUACUGUGAAAACAAAUGGCAUACUGAAUGUGUUCCGUAUUACUGGCGAUGUGAUGGUUUCAUUGAUUGCAUUGACAAACAGGACGAAGAAAACUGCGAAGACAAGAGAGAGAUGGACGUUGGCGUAGUAGAUAAGAAGAAAAUGCAGCAGGCUCGCUUUGACCGUACCGGUGCGUCAAGACAUAACUUUGUGUAUCGGGAUGUCAUGUUUCAAUGCACUGAUGAUGACGACGUCCGCUGUGAGAACCAAUUCGGAGGAGAUUGUAUCCCUGGCUUCUGGCGAUGUGAUGGUUGGGCUGAUUGCAAGAAUGCCGAAGAUGAACAGGACUGUGCUUCGUAUUCCUGGUAUACCGGCAUCUCAUCUUUCGACCCUGACUGUGGUGAAAACGAUAUAUACUGUGAAAACAAAUGGCAUACUGAAUGUGUUCCGUAUCGCUGGCGAUGUGAUGGUUUCAUUGAUUGCAUUGACAAACAGGACGAAGAAAACUGCGAAGAGCGUGCCGCUGCGUCAAGACGUAACUUUGUGAACCGGAAUGUCAUGUUUGAAUGCACUCAUGAUGACGACAUACGCUGUGAGAACAGAUACAACGGAGAUUGUAUUCCUGGCUCCUGGCGAUGUGAUGGCCUGCGUGAUUGCAAGGAUGGGGAAGAUGAACAGGACUGUCCAUCGCAUAGCAGCAGCUGGAGCUUUUCCUACAGCGACGGCGGAAUGUUCGAAUGUACUGACGACGCCAUUCACUGCGAGAACCCAUUCGGUGACUGUAUUCCUGCCGAUUGGCGAUGUGAUUACAUCUAUGAUUGUGACGACAACCAGGAUGAAGAAAACUGCAAAGACAAGAGAAAGUAGACGGCAAAGUAGUAGGUCGUGCGAUGGGAGAAAGAACCAACUAAAACCACGUGACACGUCAAUGAAUGACCACGAAAAGCUUUAUUUUCCUUAGUUUUCUUAGUG